CCGCCCAAUGAGUUGGAUCGAGGGCAAGUGUGUGCGACUCGAGUUGGGUUAGCCCAGCCAGAUCCGAUCAGACGGCUCGAGAUAUGCGUGGGUUUAGUGGUUUAGCCCUCCCAAGAAAAGGAACUACCAAACCGGCUCGAGCCGUGCAAGAUCGGGCCCAGAGGCAAGAAAUAAGGGUCCGAGAGUUACGCGGCGAGGCAGAGCGGCGCAGAAGGGGCGGCAGAGCGACCGGAAGAACAAAGGGACGUUGGGAAGGAAUCGAAGGCGAACAUGGGGAGAGUGGGCGACUUGGCCUUCAAGGCUUUCACGGCCGGCCUCGGCGUCGCCACCCUCUACCUCACUGUCACCUUCUCCAUCAACGUCUACCGCGGCCUCUCCUGGCACAGCGCCCAAACGUCUUUUUUUUUUUACAGAAAUUGGAGAAGGAAAAAUCUGAAGAGUGAAAAUUGCUUUUGGAGUUCUCAUGUUGUCUUUGAUUCUAUCUUGUUAUAUUUCUAAGCAAUGAGCACAAAGGUGGCUGAAUCAGCAGUUUGAAUUGGAACUUCGGGGAAGGAAACUUUUCUAUUCGUUGCAUGGCCCAGAAGCAAGGGGCAUCUGUAGUUCAGAUUCCAUUUGAACUUCCUUGCAAUUUUGCAUCUAUAAGUAUGAAAAUGUGUAAUGAGAUUUAGACAUAUGUCCCAUUGGGUUGCAACAGAUAUCUCUUAGAUUUAGUUACCGCGGAGACUUGCCCAUACAACUGGUUCUUAGUUUAAUUGAAAAUUGGCAAAAUUCUAUAACAUGUUUUUACUCUUCCCGGUUUUUUUUUUUUGAAAAUGCUUUUGCAGUGACAAGGAUGUUUGCAUCCAGCUUCAAAUUGGAAUGAGGCUUCAUGGUAAUAAUUCUGGCUAAAAUUUUCAAGGUGGAUGCAUGACUAUUUGAGCCCGUGUUUAAUGAUUCUAUCUGUUUUACUUGCUAGAAUGGAGACUGGUUUACAUGGUUGAUUAUUGGCUGAACCAGUUGCUACCUGGUGAACUGUGAAUCAAUUAUAUUUAUCGUUUUGAAUGGUGUAACCUUAAUGUCAGCUGCAGAACUAUCCCAUAUCUUUUAACAUUAGAUAAUCAAGGGGAACAAUAGCAUUUGUAGUUGUUAAUUCUCAGCAUCUAGAUAGAAAACACUAGUUGCUGAAUUAACAAUGAUAGGCAGACUAAAGAAAACUGUUAAAUGAAUUGGUAGUGUUUCUGUUUCAAUGCAAAUUUUGUUGCAGGUAAGUGAAAUCAUAAGCAGUGGCACCCAUAAUAUGAAUUGUUUUGCCUAAUCUGUUAACUUUUAUAGUUCUCGAUAAGAUUAUCCAGUGAAGGAGAUUUUUGUACGGUAAUCUCUUUGAUCAACUGGCUUCCUUAUUGAGUUUUUCUGAUCCACCCCCUAUGCUUGUGGAUGUUAGUUUCUUAUCAUCUAAUUACAAGAAGAUAUGUACUGUUGAGUGAGUGACUCUUUGGGAUGUAUCUAUUCCAGAUCAAGAUUUAAUUCCCGGAUUACCAAAAAAAAGGGGAAAAAAAAAAGGAAAUAGAGCAAGUUUAAUUUAAUUUAUUCCUAAAUUUCAUUCGAAACGAAACCCCGGCCGGACAGGAUUCCACCCAGGACAUGCGAAAAGUACGCGAGCGACGUGUCUUUUUUCCGUUGCAUCUAAUCUAAGAAUAAGAAAUUUAAACCAUCGUUAUCCAGAGGACCCAAAACAACGGUAAUUCUGUCAAACGGCAUCAGCAGUAGUCUCCUGCCAAUCCUCCCUCUCCCUCCAAUACCCCCAAAGAUCCAGAUCUCACUCAAUCAUCCUCCUGCCUCCCAGUUUUAAAGCCAAAGAGAUUGAACUGCGAUGACCCUCGUCUCCCUCCCCUUCUCUUCUCGUCAAUUCUUUCACCAAACCUUCCUCUGUAGAGAGGAAAAAUGGAUUCCUUUACUCCAGAGGCGGCGGCACGGGCACGGCGGCAGUACCAAUAACGACUUGUUGGCAAGACGGAAGGGUGGAAUGAUGAUAACAGUGGCGGCCAAGUCCAAAGAGCUGGUGCUCGGCAACCCGGCGGUGGCAGUGGAGAAGGGCAAGUACAGCUACGACGUGGAGAGCCUCAUCGACAAGCUGAGCAGCCUCCCGCCGCGCGGCAGCAUCGCCCGCUGCCUCGACACCUUCCGCAACCGGCUCUCCCUCUCGGACCUCGGCCUCGUCUUCAAGGAAUUCGCCCGCCGCGGCGACUGGCAGCGCUCCCUCCGCCUCUUCAAGUACAUGCAGCGCCAGUCCUGGUGCCGCCCCGACGAGCACAUCCACGCCAUCCUUAUUGGCGUCCUCGGCCGCGAAGCCCUCCUCGACAAGUGCCUCGACGUCUUCAACGACAUGCCCUCCCACGGCGUCCCCCGCACCGCCCUCUCCUACACCGCCAUCAUCAACGCCUACGGCCGCAAUGGCGACCAUUCCGCUGCCCUCUCCCUCCUCGCCCAGAUGAAGUCCGACAGCGUCGCCCCCACCGCGCUCACCUACAACACCGUCAUCAACUCCUGCGCCCGCGGCGGCGUCCCCUGGGACCAGCUCCUCGGCCUCUUCGCCGAGAUGCGCCAUGAUGGCGUCCGCCCCGACCUCGUCACCUACAACACCCUCCUCGCCGCCGCCGGCGCCCGCGGCCUCGCCGACGAGGCCGAGAUGGUGCUCCGCACCAUGCUCGACGCCGGCGUCGCCCCGGAUAACUCCACCCACACCUACCUCGUCGACACCUUCGCCAAGCUCGGCCGGCUGGAGAGAGUCUCCGAGCUGCUCGAUGAAAUGGCGGCCGGCGGGCACCUCCCGGACGCCGCCGCGUACAAUCUACUGAUGGAGGCCUUCGCUCGGGCCGGAGCUGCCAAGGAAGCCGUGGGCGUGCUCCGCCAGAUGCAGGCGGCUGGGUGCCCGCCGACCGCCGCCACGUACAGCAUUUUACUCGGGCUGUACGGGCGGAGCGGCCGGUACGAGGACGUGCGGGAACUGUUCUUGGAGAUGAAGGUCGGGAACACGGCGCCGGACGCCGACACCUACAACAUCCUCCUCCAAGUAUUCGGGGAGGGGGGCUACUUCAAGGAGGUUAUCACACUGUUCGACGACAUGGUGGAGGAGAAGGUGGAGCCCAAUAUGGAGACUUACGAAGGCCUUAUGCUUGCCUGUGGCAAGGGCGGCCUUCAUCAAGAUGCCAAGGCCGUGCUUUCUCAGAUGAACAGCAAGGGAGUUGUACCGAGCCCCAGGGCCUACACUGGAGUAGUUGAAGCUUAUGGGCAGGCAGCUCUAUAUGAGGAAGCAUUUGUUGCAUUCAAUACAAUGCAUGAGAUCGGGAGCAUGCCGACAGUGGAGACUUACAAUUCCCUCGUGAAUGCAUUUGCUAGAGGUGGGUUGUUCAAGGAAUCGCAGGCAAUCUUGGCACGGAUGAGAGGAGCAGGGUUUCAGAUGAAUGAGGAUUCUUUCAAUGGACUCAUCGAGGGGUACUGCCAGGGAGGGCAGUUUGAGGAUGCUCUCAAGGCGUUUGUGGAAAUGCAGAAGUCGAGGUGCAGUCCGAAUGAGCGGACCCUUGAGGCGGUUCUGAGUGUAUAUAGUGCUGCCGGGCUUGUUGAUGAAAGCAAGGAGCAGUUCCAGGAAAUUCAGUCGGCAGGGAUCAUGCCAAGCAUCUUGGCCCACUGCAUGUUGCUUUCAGUUUAUGCUAAAAAUGACAGGUGGGAUGAAGCUUAUGAACUGCUGGAAGAAAUGAAAACAAACAGGGUUUCCAGCACUCAUCAAAUGAUUGCUUCCAUGAUUAAAGGGGAAUAUGAUGAUGAAUCAAACUGGCAGAUGGUGGAAUAUGUCUUUGACAAAUAUAAUGCUGAAGGUUGUGGUUUUGGUCUGAGAUUUUAUAAUGCACUUCUAGAAGCACUCUGGUGGUUGGGCCAAAAGGCACGGGCUGCACGGGUGCUUCAUGAAGCUAUAAGGCGCGGGCUCUUUCCUGAGCUAUAUCGUCAAAGCAAGCUAGUGUGGUCUGCUGAUGUACAUAGGAUGUCAGUAGGUGGAGCUCUUACAGCACUUUCGGUUUGGCUUAAUGAGAUUCAUGAAAGAUUCAAGAGAGGGGAUAAUCUCCCUCAUUUGGCAACCAUCAUAGUAGUACGUGGAGAGAUGGAGAAGAGUACUGCAGCGAAGGGAUUACCUGUUGCAAAGGCAGUAUACUCUUUUAUGAGAGAGAAAAUAUCUCCAUCAUUUCAUAUUCCUGGAUGGAACAAGGGCCGCAUUGUCUGCCACCGGUCCCUGCUGAAACGACUGUCAUCAGUAGUCUCAGAGAAAUCUCCAAAUGAAUCUACAGAGGAAUUUGUUUCAAUUUCUAAUUCAUCUUUUCCAUCUCCUGGGACUCGAUUAUAUACUGCAGAUAUUGAUGGUGGUGAUGACCGAAUUAUUGCUGACGAGACAAUGAGCGCUGAAACAGAAGAAGAGCUCAUGACAAUUUGA